AUGGAAAACGAUCCUGAUUUAAAAAUUCCGACAAUUGAAAUUUCGGAGUCACCAGGACCGACGGGCAACGAUGUGGAAAAAAGAAGAGAAUGGAAGAAAUUGAAUAAAUCAAGAUUAAGGCGAUCGAAAAGCAUGGGAGGACCAUGUACUGAUGAUUCGGCGAGUGAAGGCUGCUCUACUGAUGAUUACCGACUCGUUUCUCCGAAAAUAUUGAGAAAGACUAACGUGAAAAAAGAAAGCUUUGAUGAUUUUGUAAAGAGGCGGCGUAAUUUAUUAGAAAGACAGCGUUCCACAAUUUCAUUGUAUACUUCACCUAUCCUUGUGAUGACUUAUUUCUCGGCAUAUGUAAUUUAUCAAGUCAAAACAGCCGUGGAAUAUGCACAAUCAAGAAAAUGGAUCAUAACAUCUAUACCUAUAUUAGGAAUUUUGAUUCAAUUUGCAUUGUUAGUUGAGGGAGCACAUCAAGAUGUGAUAUAUCGAGUUCAAUCUUAUGUCGUUUGGUAUUUUUAUUGGAUUGGUUUGGGAAUCGCUUCAUCAGUAGGUCUGGGUACAGGUCUACAUACAUUUGUAUUAUUCUUAGGUCCUCAUAUUGCGGAAGUGACUUGGGCAGCUUAUAAAUGUGGAAAUUUGGAUUUUGAAACGUUUGGUCCUCAUAGAUUUCGAUGCCAGCCUUCUGUAUCAACGUCAGUUGCAGUAUCGUUAUUGAGUAUAUUUAAAAAAGUUCAAUGGGAGUCUUUCUUUUGGGGGUUUGGUACGGCACUUGGUGAAUUGCCUCCGUACUUUGUUGCUAGAGCAGCCGCUUUAUCAGGUAGUCGUAGUGAAGAAUUAGAACAGAUAGAUACUUUAAUGGCUCAAAACCCAGAUAGUAUAUCACAUAAAGAAAAGGUGUUCAUAUGGGUUCACCGGCUUAUGCAAAGAUUAGGAUUUUUUGGAAUAUUUCUAUUUGCUUCGAUUCCAAAUCCUUUAUUCGAUCUUGCAGGUAUAAUUUGUGGACAGUUUUUAGUACCAUUUUCAACAUUUUUUGGGGCAACAUUUUUAGGCAAAGCAGUAGUAAAAUCCUCUAUUCAGACUCUUUUUGUAAUUCUAUUAUUCUCCCAAGAUAUGAUUAGCACUAUUUUGGAUAUUACACAUCAUUAUUUACCAUAUGUACAUGACAAACUCCAAAACGUUGUACAGCGGCAAACUAAAAUGUUAAGACGUGAAAAGGGUGAAGAUGCUCCUGAAAUUAGUCCAGGUAGCCCUAGUUAUAUAUCUAUCGCAUGGAAUUGCCUUUUUAAUAUUAUGUUGGCUUAUUUUGCAUUGUCAGUAAUUGAAACAUUGGCUAUUUCACAUCUUAAGAGAGUUCAUGACAAAGAAAUCGAAGAUUUGGAAAGAAAGGCAAAGGAAAAAGCUGAAGCAGAAGGAGAUGGUAUUGAAGAAUCUCCAAUGUCAAGAAGUGUUAUUGAAGGGGAUCUUAAACGGGAAAUAGAUUUAGGUAGAGGUUAUUCAAGUAGUUAA